CCAGGCAUCAUGGGCCGAGCCCAGCGGGCGACAAUAGGCAUGGAGAAGGACUUCCGGAAGAAAGGCGCUUGGAUGAGUCCGCCGUCAGACCCACUGGCGUACCCAGCGAGGAUCCCUGUGAUCGAAACAACAUCCGCUUUCGCGUCUAGGAACAAAGACAAGUCGUCAUGUUCGCCCGAACGGUCUGGGAACAAGGACAAGUCGCCAAGUUCACCCGACCGGGACAUGUUUGGCGGGCAUGGCAUGUUCGCCCCGUUGUGGCCGAUUGGGUGUGCCAUGGCCGCCGUCGGCCUGCUGCCGGUGACCUGCAGUCCCAUCCGCAUUUCCUUCCACCCGCUGCGCUCCACGCUCGUGUACUGCCUGGCCGUGGCGGUGCUGGCCCUCUGGUCCGGGUACAUCAUGCUGCAGGACCGCUACGCCAUGCUCGUGAGCCCCGGCGCCUCGCUGAAGGCCCGCUUCAACUCAGUCAUCUGCAUCACCCACGCGGCUGGCUUCGUGCUGCAGCCUUUGCUGUGGAUCGAGGCCUCCCACAUGAAGUAUAACGAGGCGCUCUGCACCAGCCUCAUGGAGACCGUGCCCGGCGCCGCCCGCUCCAGAAACCGCUGGUUCGCGGCCCUCGUCUGGACGGCGGCGAUUUCCCUCAUAGCGGCGGCACCUUUCCUCGCCACCGUGUACGUCCGCGUCAUCGCCGAGGAGGGGGGCUUCUACUCGCACAUAUUCAUGCACUGCCAAGUCGUGCUGCUCAACUUCUACAUUUGUUUGAUGUUCUCUACGCACCCGCACUGUGUCAAGGACUUCGCCAACGGACUUCGGCAGUACCUCAUCCAGGAACUCUCUCUUCAGCAUCCGUCCCCUCGGAAGCUAUUGAAGUACCGCCGUGCCUGGCUGCAGCUGCGGGACCUGACUCAAGGCUUGGUUACGAUGCCGCUCACCGGACUCUACGUGCUGCUGUUCAACCUGCUCUUGACAACCUUAGGAGCGUACCUCUGUCUUGUGUGCUUCUUCGAGCGACAGGUCGGUGAAAACUUCCUUAGGCCCUUGGAGGGAUUUAGCGGAAGCGCUCUUAUUGGAGAAGCGGCCAUGGAAGAAAUAAACAUUUUCCGGGAAAUCGUGGCUUCGAACGAGAUAACCGUAUCAGUCGCUGGAUUUUGGGUCAUUAAUAGAGGAACAGUAAGCUCGAUUGCUGCUGCAGCUGUCAGCUAUCUCGUGAUUCUGAUCCAGUUUCGUCAGACGGAGGGCCCCUCGGAGGACCUCGCAAACCGCUCCAUCGGAACUACUACAACUAAGACAAUGUCCAUUAAUUGAUUGAUGUUUAUUUUAAAAAUAAAGAUCUCCUUGUUAUAAAAGUUUCGAAAUUUUAA